AUGUCGACCCCAUUAUUCUUGCUUCCCGCUCUGCUACUGGCUGCAGCAGCAGCCACCACCAAGACGGCCGAGAGCCUCACCGUGGCUCCUGGUUGCCAGGCGAGCUGCGGCGACGUGGACAUCCCCUACCCUUUCGGCAUCGGCAGCGGCUGCUCCCGCAAGGGCUUCGAGAUCGACUGCAUCAACAAUGGCCCUGUGCUCGCCGGCACCUCCCUCCAGGUGGUGCACCUUUCAGUGGAUCCUGCACAGUCGCUGGUGAUCCUCCCCGUGGCGUGGAUGUGCUACAACGCCUCCAAACCAAGCACGUGGGAGGACUAUAGCUAUGGUACGACAGAAAUGAACAAGGAAGGCGUGUACCGCAUCUCCAACACGCACAACAUGGUCGUCGUCCUCGGCUGUAACACCUUUGGGCGCACGACAAGCACGAGUACCGAGGGCACCAACAACCCCUACGCCUACUACACGGGGUGCAUGACCUACUGCAACAACUCGGCGAGCGCCCAGGACGGCCAGUGCGCCGGCGUCGGGUGCUGCCAUGUCGACAUCCCGCCGGGGCUCACCGACAACUGGUUUGAAUUCCGGACGUACGACCACACCGGCAUGAUGGACUACAGCCCGUGCGACUACGCCUUCCUCGUCGACAAGACAAACUACACCUUCAAGCGCUCCGACCUGCUCAAGGACAAGAACCGGACCUCCCCGGUGUGGCUAGACUGGGCCAUCCGCGGCAACAACUCCGUCUCCAGCGACAUACUAUCCUGCACCCAAGCGGCCAAGACCACCACCCCCAAGUACGCCUGCGUGAGCAACCACAGUAAGUGCGUUGACACCACCAAUGGGCCUGGCUACAACUGCAGCUGCUCCGAUGGCUACGAGGGCAACGCCUACGUUGUCAACGGAUGCACGAAUAUAAAUGAAUGUGCAGAUUCAAACAAGUAUCCCUGCAAAGGUGAAUGCGAGAACACCGAAGGAUCGUAUCUAUGCACCUGUCCUUCAGGUUACAGAAGCGAUGACGCGAGAAUUAUACUAUGUACUCGAAAGUUUCCACUAGUUGCACAGAUUUGCAUAGGUAUAAUAGGUGGUAUUCUUGCCAUCGCAAUAAUGACAUUCAUCAUUAUUAUUCGAAAAGAGAGGCGGAAGACCAAAGAGUUUUAUGAGAAAAAUGGUGGUCUUACCUUGGAGAAGGCAAAAGUUAUAAAGCUUUUCAAAAAGGAGGAGCUCAAGAAAAUAUUGAAGAGUGGUAAUAUAAUCGGAAAAGGUGGCUUCGGUGAAGUCUACAAGGGGCUUGUUGAUAAUGAACUUGUCGCAGUAAAGAAACCAAUUCGCAGCAAUGUGAUGGAGAGCACGCAGUUUGCAAAUGAAGUCAUCAUCCAGUCUCAAGUCAUCCACAAGAAUAUCGUUAAGCUUGUAGGUUGUUGCUUAGAAGUGGAUACCCCAAUGCUAGUGUAUGAGUUCAUCUCCAAAGGAAGCCUGGAUGACACUCUUCACAAGGGUGACAACAAGGUGCCUCUCAGCUUAGAUGUGCGUCUAAGUAUUAUUAAAGAAGCAGCACAUGGUCUAGCUUAUAUGCAUUCACAGGCCCACACCAAAAUCCUGCACGGUGAUGUUAAACCGGCAAAUAUACUUUUGAAUGAAAACUUUGUGCCAAAGCUCUCAGACUUUGGCAUAUCGAGGUUGAUUGCAAUAGAUAAGGACCACACCGCAAACGUCAUUGGUGACAUGACUUAUAUGGAUCCAGUCUACCUACAAACAGGCCGAUUGACCGAAAAAAGUGAUGUCUACAGUUUUGGGGUUGUCAUCUUAGAAGUCAUUAGCAGGAAGAAGGCCACUCACAGAGACAAUAACAGCUUAGUGGCGAGUUUUCUUGAAUGUCACAAAGAAAGGAAGAAAGCAACAGAGUUGUUUGAUCAGGAAAUUGCAGCAACAGAAGAUUUGGAACUCCUUGAGGCCCUGGCAGGGAUUGCUGUAGAAUGUCUUAAUAUUGAUGUGGAUCCCAGACCAUCAAUGACAGAUGUUGUGGCACGCCUUGCCACAUUAAAUAGAUCUUUGCUAUAAGUUGCUUUCCUGAGUUGAGUUUACACAACACGUAUGCCAUGUCCAAUAAAAUAGGCAACUAUGACUAUUUGAACCUGUAUUGUAUUUGCUAUUGUGAUAAGCAGGG